AAACUACCAACCGGAACUACUACAACCGGCGGUGGACGACCACCAGGCUACAACCGACGCCACGUUUCACGACACGGCAGGCACUGUUGCAGCCGGUGGUGCCAGUUCGACCCCGGAGUUGUGUCGCGUAGACCCGGCCGACCCGACCGCUUGCGCGUCCUGUGCAGUAGACCAGGGGGAUCGAUUUUUGAAGGAAGAGCAGCGGAUCACGAUGGAGAUGGACCAGGCUCCUGUUCCUGUUCCUGCGGGGGACGAUAUCCACAGUAAAUUUCCCGUACACGUACAAAGGCAGUCUCUGCAUGACAAAACUUGCCUUCAAUCCUAGUCUAGCAUGACAAGUUGGACACUGCAAGUUAGUGAAAUUUGUCAUGCAUUUUGCACAUGUACGAGAAAUUUGUAUUGCAUAGACGACACUACAACUGCGCAGAUGUUGACUGGACGACCACCUGCGAGCAGCGGGGAAGGGGAACAAGAUCCUGACGACAUGGAGCACGACCACCUGCAGGAUGUGCGAGAAAUCACGGAAGAACGACUGGCACGCGUGCAAGCUGAGGUGAGGGCGCUGCAGGAGCCCUCGAUGGGGC